AUGUCCAAGGCCAGACUUGGAGCAAAUUCAGCGGAGGCCACGGUCCGCGUCACCAAGGGCAACGGUGGAAGCGGAAACCCGAGGUGUCCGGGACAGGGCCGAGGGCACAGAGACAUCACGUGCACCAAGGAGACGACGAUGACCUUUCGUUGCACGAAGUGCAUGAUCUACUCCCCCUGUGUGGAGGCCAAGCCAAGGGUUGACAAAGUCAACACAGCCAGCUUCGGACAGGUGGAGGUCUGCGCCCCCAGGUACGAUUACAUCAGAAACCACAAAGCCAGCGAUCUGGUCAUCCCGCUCCAGGUGGUGCGGGGUGUGGAGGACGUCCUCGCGCCCGCACAGGGAGGACGUGUCGACAGCGGCCUCGAUGGCUUGUGGCAGUGGGCGGACCAAAAGUGUACGGA